CCGGUGAGGUGGCAUUUGCAAUGGAGGGAAAAGAAGAAAUGAGAGGAGGAGAGAGGGAGCACUGAAAUCCAGCAAUCAACCCAAAUCUAAACAGCAUACGUAUUGAGGUGGAACCAGAUCAUUAGCAACAGCUGCGUGCAUCGUUUGCGUUUUUUGAUAUAAUCCCUGUGGAAAAACUUGUUCUUGGUGUCAGGUCGGAUUUGGUUUGAGAUCCAACCAAUUAUUUUAAAGCUUGAACCAUGUCGAGGGCAGGGAAGAAAUGCUUGUUUGAAGACGAUGUCCGCCAAUUGCUCGGAAUGCCCAAAAUUGAAGAUCCCAAGGCAGAUACGUCUUUGGAGAAGGCUUACGGCAUGGCCAAUGGGAAAGCAGAUAUAACGAGGCAAAUGAGCAAACUUCAAGCCUCUGACGAGGUCGUAGAAGUGCCUGAUAUUCCUGGAUUUGGGGCGAGAUAUGGAAGGAAGUUUUUGCUGCCAUUCUUACUCCUUCUGCUUCUAGUAGUUGGUGCAGCUUUCCUGACUGGUGCGAUCAUAUCAGCAUCAUCGUCUGCAAAGAAACAACAGCAGGCACUUAGAGGCUCCUCUGCCUAUCACCCGAGGCGAAAUAGACAUGGAAGGUCGAGGCUUCGUGGCAAGAACGAUGAAAAUGACGAUCAAGUCGUGAACAGAGAGAAUUGGAAGGCCUUGCAAGCCAAAGCUGACAGGGAGGCAAGGAAGCGCUCGGCAUCACAUCGCCAACGAGCAGAAAUGCAGGAAGAGUCUGACAUCAGUCAGCAUGGGAAACCUCCUGGUACCAGCUCAAUCAAGAAUGAUCUGGCGAAAUUUGCUUGGAAAGGUCAGACAGGGUGGUCAAGGCAAAACGGAGGUAGUCCUCAUUCGGGGUUGAAAACAGAUGUUCACGUCAACGCUCAAGCAGCGGGGAGGAAGCAAGGUCGAUUUGGAGCUGGAAUAUAUGAUUGGUAGACAUUCUUGUGCUGUACACGACCGUAAAGUGAUUGUAAUACUUCAG